AUGAGACAUGUUUCUGAUUCCGCAAUCUCUUUGACUCGCUCAGGCUGUACAAGGUCCCAUGAGGCCCAGGCUGCAACAACAGCCUCAGCUUAUCUCGAACGGCCUGCGACGCACCCCGGCGUGACAUAUCUCUCGCUCAACCGCCCGCAAGCCAAGAACGCCAUCUCGCUCAGGCUCCUUGAGGAGUUCCGUCAGUGCCUCGAUGAAGUGCAGUUCGACAAGGGCGCGCGCGUCCUCGUCCUCCGUUCGUCUACGUCUGGCGCAUUCUGUGCUGGCGCCGAUCUCGUUGAGCGGCGCUCCAUGUCCAAGGCCCAGGUCGACAAGUUUCUUCUCGACCUGCGCGCAGCACUAGCCGUUCUCGAGAACCUUCCGCUCCCCACUCUCGCGGCUAUCGACGGUCCCGCGCUCGGUGGUGGCCUCGAGCUUGCCCUCGCAUGUGAUCUCAGAGUUGCUGGGCACGCUGUCACCAAGAUUGGCCUCCCAGAGACACGGCUGGGCAUAAUCCCAGGGGCUGGUGGAACACAGCGUCUGACCCGCCUGCUCGGAUUGGCCAAAGCAAAGCGGCUUAUCUUCACGGCGCGAACACUCGACGCUGCAGAGGCCCUUGGUAUUGGCCUCGUGGACUAUGUCUCUGCUCCUGGAGUGUCUGCGGUAGACAAGGCGCUUGAAGUCGCCUCGGACAUUGCACAAAACGCACCGUUGGCCCUGCGAGCGGCAAAACAGGCGAUUUCGCGCGCGCCUGAGCUUAGCCUUGAUUCCGGGCUGGAUUUCGAACGGGCAAGCUACGAGCCGCUUUUACACUCGCGCGAUCGAGUUGAGGCGCUUGACGCGUUCCGGGAGAAGCGCAAGCCAGUCUUCCGGGGAGAGUAG